AUGCUAAAUGAAAGAUUACCAAUGACAACAUACUUCAUUCGAAACUAUAUAGAAAUCUUGAAGGAGUGUGGUGGAAUGAACAUUGAGAAACAGAUGAAGAUUUAUACAAAGAGAGAAGAUAAAUAUGUAGUUCGUUAUGAUAGAACAACACCGCUAUGGGAUGUUAUGAAAACAUUGUGGGAGUGCAAAUAUUUCGAACCUAUUUCUUAUGGAGAACUUUUCACAUAUACUACUGACUUAUAUAAACAGAACCUUGCACCAUUUAAAGAUUUGACAUAUGCUCCAAAGUAUUGUGUACAACUGAAGAAGAAAGCAGAGUCAAAAGAAGUAAAUAAAGCUAAAUGUAAAUUCAUUCCUGAGCACGUUUUCUUUGCUGACUUUGAGUGUAGCACAGACGGCUUUCAUAAAGCUUUUAACAUCUGUUAUGACAGUGAAGAUGGUUCAGUGAGUGAAAGCAUUUGGGGUCAAAACUGUGCAACAGAAUUUUUGGAAAGACUUCCUGACAAGAGUUUAAUAUAUUUCCACAACCUCAGUUAUGACAUAAACUUCAUCUUAAGACACAUGACAGAAGUGAAAGGAACUCCCAUCAUUAAAGGUUCACGAACAAUGCAAAUAACUGGUUUAUAUAAAGGACGGGCAAUUAUUAUAAAAGACUCUUACAGUGUUAUAAAUAAGAAGCUUAAACUAUUUCCUGCUAUGUUUAACUUACAAACAGGACCGAAAGAAGUAUUUCCAUAUAACUACUACAGCAGUGUUUUGUUAGCAAAUGACAACAGAACUGGUGUCAUUUCUGAAGCAUGUAAGUUUAUCCAUGAUGCAGAUACAUUCAUGAAAAACAUAGAUUCCAUCAAAGGUUGCAGAAUAGAUGAAAACCACUUCGACUUAGAAAAAUAUAGCACGUUUUACUGCAAACAAGAUGUAAGAAUUUUAAGAGAAGGUUUUGUAAAGUUCCGCAAUGACUUAUUGAAAGAGUUUGAUUUAAACGUUUAUGACUACGUUAGUAUUUGUUCUAUUGCUAACAAAUUGUUUGAGAACAGAGUAUACUUCCCGAAUGGAAAUCUUUAUGACCUCUCAAAUAAACCAAGAGAAUUUAUUUCGAGAUGCAUUCAAGGUGGAAGAUGUAUGUUGUCAGAUAACAUGAAACAAAAGAGCAAAAAGAAACUCAUUGCUGACUUCGACACUGUUUCAUUAUAUCCUUCAGCUAUAGCAAGACUUUAUACUUUAGAAGGUAUUCCAAAAGUAUUGAAGGAAGAAAUGUUAAGCACAGAGUAUCUCAUGAGACAUUUAUUCGAUGAUGACCAAAAGGAACCCAUUGGUGAAAAGUUUAUGUCUGGCUUCUUUGUUCUCAUUAAGAUAACAGAGAUUGGUAUACCCAGACACUUUCAUUUAAUAGUUUGCGACCCUGAACUAAAUCCAGAACUUAACGUUCCAAGAAGUUCAAACACUUGCUGUCUCAUGUAUGUUGACCAUAUAACAUUACAAGACCUCAUAAAAUAUCAAUGUGUCAAAUGUGAAGUGUUGCAAGGAUACUAUUACGAUGGAAACAGAGAUAUGAGAAUAAGAGAUGAAGUAAAGAAGUU